AUGGCCGCUCCUCAGCUGAGCAGUGAGAUAAAUAAGUUUGCUUUGGAUUUAUACGAAAACGAUGAGAUAGUCACUUGUACAGAUCAAAUACGCAUAGAUAAACUUCGCAGAGGUUCAAAUGUGAUAACCCAGGACAAUUGUGAUCGCUUUAGAAUUUUAAUUCCAUAUGGUGGGACAACACUGCAAUGGGAAGUCUUAUUCAACUCCAAUGAGCCUCAUUUUCCACCUGACAUUAUAUUUGGUGAUAAUGAAGAAGAUUUUGAACCAAAUUUAGAGCAGAUGCCAUCAUUGCACUAUUGGAAUCCUGAAAAUGGCAACAGUUUGACAGCAGUAGUGAAAGAAUUGCUGGAGCAAUAUAAACAAUAUCAGUUUGAGUUAGUCAAGAAUUAUUCACAAAAAUUAGAAUUUGAACUGGAAUCUGUGAGGCAACUUGAUACUUUGACAAGUAUUGAGGUCUAUGUACAUAGGGAUACCCAGAGGUUACAACAGCAAGCAAAUUUUCUUAUCAAACUUCCAAUGGACCUUGCAAGAUUACCUCCAUUUAUUCUUAAUGAGCAUCCUGGGGAAUACUCAAUUACAUUGUUUGUUUCUUAUGAAGGACAGGAUGGCUCUACUGUCACUCCUAAAAUAUUUCUUUCUCCAAGUGUUGAAGAUGCAUUUGGAGACACAAUAAUCAAAUAUCCAAGUUGGAAUGAUGGAGACAAAUGUCUUGUAUCAUACAUAUUAGCUGUCCAUCACUACUUUGAAGGAAAAGUUGAUGAAAUAAUCAAAAGUUAUGAACACAGACAAAGCUACAUUGCUUCAUUCCUGAGUCAUUUUGGAACCUGUGUCCUUGAGUAUGAUUUGGAAAGUUUUAAAGAAAUUUCAUUUCUGAUGGAACAUGAUAAGUUCACUUUAAUUUUAACAAUUGAAAUAGGCAAGGAUUUUCCAGAAGAACAGCCAGUGUUUAAAAUGAAAUCAAUCUACAACAUCUUCAAUGAUGAGCCGUACCAGGCUAUUGAUGAUCGUUACCCAUAUAGUCCCCGGUGGAGCACCAAUGAAAUGGCAUCCAGAGCAAGGUCAUAUCUUAUUGCUGCUAUUCCACAGUUCAAAGUAGCCUCAAUAAAGAACAGACUCUACAACCCCCCUGGAAUAUAACACAGGAUAAUGAAAGAAAUUAUGGAAUUUGUAGUUUUUUUGUAAAUAACAAACUGUAAAUAUGAUCUUAGAUGAGGUGAUGACGUUUAUAAAACAACCGUAAUAACAGUAACCAUUACAACAGUAAUAACAAUAACUAUAAUAAGAAUCCACUUGAUUUUGUAAAUUUCCUUCAACUAACUGGCUGACAGUCUGACAGUUCAAAGCCCGGAGGAUAACCACUAAUUGCUUUAAAUUCGAAAAA